CUCCUCUCUCUGACAGACUGACAGACAGACAGGAGCGUACUGAUCACAGCAGCUCUCUCUCUCUCUCUCUCUCUCUCUGUGUCUUCCUCUCCGACACUCGCUAUCCUUCCUGCCUGCCGUGGACUCAGACAAGCAGCUCCAACCAUCCCAAUCAUCUCCACCUUCCUGCUACCAUCCACAGAAGGAUCCUUUCAGAACCACAGCCAGAUCCCGAACUGCAAAUAUGAAGGCCGUCUUUCUGUUCACGCUCCUCUUUGUAACGGUCCUCUGCCGACCGGUGAAGAAAGGCUCAAGCAGCAGCUCGGAGAGCUCUGAGGAGUCGGUCAAGCCAGCCCCAGUGUUGAGGAAGGCUGCAGAAGCAAUCUUUGAGCUGGAACCUGUACAGAAUGUUGAAGCAGCAGCAGCAUCAGAUGAGAGUUCAGACAACUCUGAUGAAGUAAAGGCUUCAGACACAGCCUCAGACACAGCCUCAGACCCAGCCUCAGACCCAGCCUCAGCCUCAGACACAGCCUCUGUGGACAGUGAUGACAGUGCAGACAGCGAGGACAGCGAGGAGGACGCUCAGAAGAGCGAGGACGUGGUGGAGGAGGAGGAGGAGGAGUCCAGUGACAGCUCAGAGUCAGGGGAGGCAGAGUCCACCCUGGCCCCCCCUACUGUGGAGCCCACUGUGGAGCCUACUGUGGAGCCCACUGUGGAGCCCACUGUGGAGCCCAGCCCUCCCAUCAUCUACGAUGACGGCCGAGGGGACAGCAUGGGGUACCCGAGUGACUACAAGAAGAGCUACCAUGACACAAACACGGUGGAAAAGCUUCCCUCCCCAUUCAAGUCUUAUGAGGGCAAGAUGAUGGGCAAGACAUCCGCACACGGCGUUGGCAAUGACAUCGAGAAGCAGACCAUGAAGGUGUACAAGGUACAGGCCCUUCAGGUCCACCAGCUGCUGGAUGAGGACACCAGCACCCCAGAGGUGGAGAGCCAGGGGCUGGGACUGGACGAGGUCAUGGGUGUGGAUCCCUCAUCCGGCUCCUCCCAGGAGGACCCUGCCCUGCGCGUGGCCCAAGUCAGCCAGGAGGCCGGCCCUUCCAAGAGCCUGGAGCAGGAGGCGGGGGAGGCAGAGGAGGCAGAGGAGGAGGGGGAGGAGAGUGCCAGCGCCGGCGAGAGCUCCAGCCCGGACGAGAGCUCCAGCGCCAGCGAUGCAGAGGGGGAGAGCGACAACGCCAGCACCAGCCAGGAGUCUGAUGCCAGCCACAGCAGCGAGGAGGCCACUGAGACGCCCGGGGCAGCUGACAGUGAGUCCGACGAGAGUGCUGAGAGCCAGGAGAGCGACUCAGCUGAGGAGGCAGUGGAGCCGGUGGAGGCAGAGGAGCCGGUGGAGGCAGAAGUCCCGGUGGAGGCAGAGGAGCCGGUGGAGGCAGAGGUCGUGACCCCUUCAGUCAUUCUCGUCAAGUAGCCAAGAGAGUAGCACACGCCUGAGCCUAGGUUGAAUAUGUCAAGGCUGAGACAAAAACUGCAUGACAACAUGAACGUUUGGAUUUCAUGGAACCAGCUGUUAUUUGUCCCCUAUAGCAACAGAGCUAACGGCAGCUGACUGUCCUUCCCUAAAACAAACAAAAUAUGCGAACCUUAUCACACAAUUUGUAUACAAUCUCUAUAUUCCAGUGAAAUUCUACAUAGAGACAACCAACUCUGCAGACAUAAGUCCACUUAGAGGUCAAAGUGAGCUUGUGUUGUCUUCUACCCACGCCAAAGCUGACCCCAUGUCAGUGUCCAUGAGCAAUUUAUUUAUGCAAAAUCAUGUCUCAUCCUUGAAAUAUUGAUCCUAGGCAUGAACCAGGAAGUGGCUCCUUAGCCUUUUUACCCAGAGUCCUCUAGCUGUCAUCUGUGAGAGGGGAGGGGUCAGAGGCAAACUAAGAAUUAACAGGGAGAAUGAGUUCCUGAUGUCCACUCUAUCAUACUACUCUGCAUGCACGGCAACGUAGAUGAAUUAGGGUGCAUUGUGGGUACAUGUGUUCAGGGCUUAUGGUGCAUGCUAGGGUGGAUGCUGGGUAAAAGAGCCAAACUCAGGGCCCUGCAAGGUCUAAUGGUUCACUUUCCAGCCAUGACAUAGAACAGUUAGUCUUGUUCAUUGCACAAUCCUUAUUUACAAUACAUGUUGUUUGUCCCCAGUUUGUUUACUGUAAUGUAUCAUAUUGUAACAUUUCUAAAUAAAUAAA